AUGACAAAAUCUAACCCUUACUCCCACGUGGCUCUAUUUAUGCACACUCAAGCGAGCAGAUCUACUAGUUUGCUUCUUGCUCUUUACUCUGCAAUGGGGAAAGAAAUGGGAUUCCUUCUUGCUAUCUUCUUCUCAUUUUUUACUUCUUCGAUUCUUGCUAGAACUCUUCCAGUUAGCUCAAAAACUGCAGUUCUUGAUGUCUUUGCUGCAGUACAAAAAACCCAAGAGCUAUUUUUGCUGAACUCCCAAAGUGUACUACCCUCGAAGAGGAGUGUACACGACCAGGAACCCUUUGUGUCUUCUGCUUCUUCACUCAGUUUUCAGAUCCAUUCUCGCUUGGCAAUCCGUGGAAUUUCAUACAAUAAUUACAAGGAACUAACUUUGGAUCGACUCAAUCGGGACUCUAUCCGUGUCAAGGCGCUUCAGACUCGGGUAGAUCUGGUGAGUCAGGGCUUAAGGAAAGCAGAUCUAAUCCCUUUGGAGACAGAAUUAGAGGCAGAGAAGCUAGAGGUUCCGGUAAUUUCGGGAACGAGCCAAGGCAGUGGCGAGUACUUCUGCCGAGUUGGAAUAGGUCACCCGCCUAGUCAAGCAUACAUGGUGCUCGACACGGGCAGUGAUGUUAACUGGGUGCAGUGCGCACCCUGCGCAGACUGUUACCAGCAAGCCGACCCGAUUUUCGACCCGCUCUCAUCCUCUUCCUUUUCACAACUCACUUGUGGAACUCAACAAUGCAGGUCCCUUGACGUGUCUGAAUGCCGUAACAACGCGUGUCUCUACGAGGUUUCGUACGGCGACGGCUCUUACACUGUCGGAGAUUUUGUAACGGAGACGAUCACUUUCGGUGACUCGGCUUCGGUUAACAACAUAGCCAUCGGCUGCGGACAUAAUAACGAAGGACUCUUUGUCGGAGCAGCCGGUUUAAUUGGCUUAGGCGGCGGCGCAUUAUCUUUCCCUUCUCAAAUUAAUGCCUCUUCUUUUUCUUACUGUCUUGUAGAUCGUGAUUCCGACUCGGCUUCGACUCUGGAGUUUGACUCAGCGAUUCCACCUUACGCCGUUACAGCUCCGUUAGUACGGAACUCGAAGCUGGACACUUAUCGUUACGUGGAUUUAACGGGAAUUAGUGUGUCUGGGGAUUUAUUGCCUAUUCCGCCAUCCACCUUUCAGUUGAAUGAUGACGGCGAUGGUGGAAUUAUAGUAGAUUCGGGGACUGCCGUUACGAGGCUGCCAACGGAGGCUUAUAAUUCUUUGCGUGAUGCCUUCGUAAAGGGUACGAAGAACCUGCCGUCAACUAAAGGCGUGGCGCUAUUUGACACGUGCUAUGACCUGAGAUCUAUGAAAAGUGUAGAGGUGCCAACGGUGUCGUUUCAUUUUUCGAAUGGGAAAGAAUUGGCUUUACCGGCUAAGAAUUACCUGAUACCGGUUGAUUCUUCAAGUACUUUCUGUUUGGCAUUUGCUCCAACCUCGUCUUCGCUUGGGAUAAUUGGGAAUGUGCAACAGCAGGGGACACGCGUCAGUUACGACCUUGCUAAUUCUCUCAUUGGAUUUUCAUCCAAUAAAUGCUGA